AAAAAGGCUGGCGCACUUCUCGUGUCCGAGGAUAUUCGAAUUUUACACGUCAUUUUCAGCCGUUUUUCACCGAAUUUUCGCUGAAAAUGUCAUCGAUUGAGAUCGAAUCUUCAGAUGUAAUCCGUCUCAUCGAACAAUUCCUCAAAGAAUCGAAUUUGCACCGAACUCUGGCGAUUUUGCAGGAAGAAACCAACGUUUCGCUCAAUACAGUCGACUCAAUUGAUGGAUUUUGUAAUGAAAUUACGUCUGGAAAUUGGGAUAACGUGUUGAAAACCGUUCAAUCGUUGAAAUUACCCGCCAAGAAACUUAUCGAUCUGUAUGAACAUGUAAUAAUCGAGCUUGUGGAGCUCCGUGAGCUGGCGACCGCCCGUCUCGUCGCCCGUCAGACUGAUCCAAUGAUUUUGCUAAAACAAAUUGAUCCGGAUCGAUUCGCCCGCCUGGAAUCUCUUAUCAACCGCCCGUAUUUCGAUGGACAAGAGGUUUAUGGAGAUGUUAGUAAAGAGAAACGACGCUCCGUAAUUGCACAAACUCUUUCAUCAGAAGUUCAUGUAGUUGCUCCGUCAAGACUUUUGAGUUUACUUGGACAAUCACUUAAAUGGCAACUUCAUCAAGGACUUCUUCCACCUGGAACUGCAAUUGAUUUAUUUAGAGGAAAAGCUGCACAGAAAGAGCAAAUUGAAGAAAGAUAUCCGACUAUGAUGGCUAGAAGCAUUAAAUUCUCAACGAAAAGUUAUCCCGAAUCGGCAGUUUUCUCACCGGACGCUAAUUAUCUUGUUUCUGGCUCAAAAGACGGAUUUAUCGAAGUUUGGAAUUAUAUGAAUGGAAAAUUGAGAAAGGAUUUGAAAUAUCAGGCCCAAGAUAAUCUAAUGAUGAUGGAUGCAGCAGUGAGAUGUAUAUCAUUUAGUCGUGAUUCUGAAAUGCUCGCCACAGGCUCAAUUGACGGAAAAAUUAAAGUUUGGAAAGUGGAAACUGGUGAUUGUCUUCGAAGAUUUGAUAGAGCUCACACGAAAGGAGUUUGUGCUGUUCGAUUCUCAAAAGAUAAUUCACAUAUUUUGUCGGGUGGAAAUGAUCAUGUUGUGAGAGUUCAUGGAAUGAAGAGCGGAAAAUGUUUGAAGGAAAUGCGUGGGCACUCGAGUUAUAUUACAGAUGUCAGAUAUUCCGAUGAGGGAAAUCAUAUUAUCUCAUGUUCAACAGAUGGUUCAAUUCGUGUUUGGCAUGGAAAAUCGGGUGAAUGCCUUUCAACAUUCCGUGUUGGAAGUGAAGAUUAUCCAAUAUUAAAUGUGAUUCCAAUUCCGAAAAGUGAUCCACCACAAAUGAUUGUAUGCAAUCGAUCCAAUACCCUCUACGUUGUUAAUAUUUCUGGACAGGUGGUUCGUACGAUGACGUCAGGAAAGCGUGAGAAAGGAGACUUCAUCAACUGCAUUUUAUCGCCGAAAGGAGAAUGGGCAUACGCAAUUGCAGAGGACGGUGUCAUGUACUGUUUUAUGGUAUUAUCGGGUACCCUGGAAACUACUCUUCCCGUGACAGAACGUCUUCCAAUUGGUUUGGCUCAUCAUCCACAUCAGAAUCUCAUCGCUUCAUAUGCAGAAGAUGGACUUUUAAAAUUAUGGACCGAUUAAUUUUCCCCAGAUUUCCCCACGAUUUUUUUUGACAUUUUUAUGAAAAUUUUCUCUAAAAGUUACCCCUAUUUUGUUUAGACUGAUCUCUUAUUUUAUCCAAUGUUUCAAAUUUUUGAAAUUGCUCGAAAAUUCCAAUUUUCACAUAUUUUUGUUGAUUUUUUCGCCAUUUUCCCCUGAUAAAUUAACUUAUUUUUGC